AUGCUGCUUAACACUCGCGACUACGCUCACCACUUGACAGAGAACCUGCGUCGCACCCUACGCGAAAAGGAAGCCGUCAAGCGCGAGAAGCAGACCAAGUUUCGCAAAUGCUAUAUCGCACUCAAGAUCACCUCCGUGCCUUGCCAUACCGACGGCACACUAGGCAAGAGCUAUACGCCGCGCAAAGAGCAUCAUCCUUUCGAUAUUUCGAUCCCUCGAGUAGGCGACAACUUCUUCGAAGACAUCCUGGUGAACCCGGUGGAGGAAAUGAAGGCGCCUAGCAACACUAUUGCGACCGCGCCCAGAAAAGCAAACCACCCUGUAGUCGGUAGUAGCCCAGCCAACCUCGGCGAAGCCGGCGCAAACUACCUGCGAUACACGGCAGCGCAAUCUGCAGCACCCAAGGUCCUCAAAGCCAAGGCGAGUGCCCCCAACGCUAAGAAGACCGCGUCACUGUCUGCUCCUCGCAAGGCCGCUGCAGCAUCACCGGUAGUACCAAGCACCAAUGUCGCGCAGAAGAUAUCUCCAAAGCAGUCGCGCAAGAGGCCCAUCGUCAUCGACGAUGAUGAGGAAUACGUGGACGCGCCGGAGAAAGAAACAGAGGUUGUCAAGAGAACCAGGAAACGACAAAAGGCUACUUCGUUGCCGUUGUCACUGCCAGCUACCCCGAAAAGGAAGCCAGGGCGUCCUAAGGGAAGCGGUCGCAAGAAGGUGUGA